AUGAGGCCCAGCAUCCUCCUGUUCCUGUGUGCUCUCGGUCUCAGCCAGGCAGACAGAGAGAAGAUCUUUGAUGGAAUCGAGUGCGGGAGGAACUCACAGCCUUGGCAGGUGGGGCUGUUUCAGGGUAAAUACCUGCGCUGUGGCGGUGUCCUGGUGGACCGACAGUGGGUGCUCACAGCUGCCCACUGCAGUGGCAGGUAUAUUGUGCGCCUUGGGGAGCACAGCUUGAGCCAGCUGGAUUGGACAGAGCAGUUCCGGUUCAUCACCUUCUCUGUGACACAUCCCAGCUACCAGGGCGCCCGGCGGAGCCAUGAGCAUGACCUCCGGCUUCUGCGGCUGGCCUGGCCUGUGCGCCUGACCCACGCGGUCAGGCCCCUGCCUCUGCCCAGAUCCUGUGCACCUGCAGGAACCCUGUGCCACAUCUCAGGCUGGGGCACCACCAACCAACCACCGAACUCUUUCCCAGACCGGCUCCAGUGUCUCAGCCUCUCCAUAGUCUCCAAUGACACGUGUCGGGCUGUGUUCGGGGGAAGAGUGACAGAGAACAUGGUGUGUGCAGGAGGCGAUGCUGGGAAAGACGCCUGUCAGGGUGACUCUGGGGGGCCCCUAGUGUGUGGAGGAGUCCUUCAGGGUCUGGUGUCCUGGGGGUCCGUGGAUCCUUGUGGACAAAAAGGCAUUCCUGGAGUCUACACCAAUGUUUGCAAAUACGUGGACUGGAUCCGAAUGGUCAUCGCAAACAACUAA